GAAAUCAUGCAAAACCUGAGCCUUGUAACUGAAUUUGUCUUCCUGGGACUUUCACAGAAUCCAAAUGUUCAGAAAAUAUUAUUUGUUGUAUUUUUGUUUGUGUACAUUGCAACUGUUGGGGGCAACAUGACAAUUGUGGUGACCAUCAUCUGCAGCCCUGCACUGCUGGGCUCCCCCAUGUACUUCUUCUUGGCAUUCCUGUCCUUCCUGGAUGCAUGUUUUUCCUCUGCUAUGACUCCAAAGAUGAUUGCAGACUCUCUCUAUGAGAAGAAGACCAUCUCUUUUGAAGGAUGCAUGGUGCAACUUUUUACUGAACACUUCUUUGGUGGGUCAGAGGUGAUUGUUCUCACAGCCAUGGCCUAUGACCGCUAUGUGGCCAUUUGCAAGCCCUUACACUACUCUUCCAUCAUGAACUGGAGGCUCUGUGGUUCUCUGAUGGGGGUCGCCUGGGCAGGGGGCUUUCUGCACUCCAUCAUACAAAUCAUCUUCACUUUGCAGCUGCCCUUUUGUGGACCCAAUGUCAUUGAUCAUUUUAUAUGUGACUUGUAUCCAUUACUAGAGCUUGCCUGCACUGAUACUCACAUCUUUGGUCUUCUGGUGGUUGCCAACAGUGGAUUUAUCUGUAUUAUAAUCUUUUCCUUGUUGCUUGUCUCCUAUUGUUUCAUCUUAUUCUCUCUGAGAAAUCAUAGCUCUGAAGGGCGGUAUAAAGCUCUGUCCACCUGUGGGUCUCAUAUUGCUGUUGUAGUUUUAUUCUUUGUCCCAUGUAUAUUUACAUAUGCAAGACCUCCCACUGCCUUCUCAUUUGACAAAAUGGUAGCAAUAUUUUACACCAUGUUAACCCCCUUACUUAAUCCUAUGAUUUAUACUUUUAGGAAUAAGGAGAUGAAAAAUGCCAUGAGGAAAGUAUGGAAGAGAUUACUGGUAGUUUCUGGUGAAAAAUGA